UUCAUUCAGCGGUCCAGUGGUGCGUAUGACUAUUGUAUUUCGGCUAUAAAUGCUGAUUGUUUCGAUGUAUGUUACAUAUCUGGUUAUCGAGAGAUGGGGAACACUAAGUCGGCUCAAGGAAAUGAGCCGCAGGCGAACGAUGAAAAAUCGAAAUCCGCCCACAGCCAGGGCUUUGGCCAACUAUAUGCAGCGGAAAUAGAGAAUUUCAGAGAGAAACCAUGCUGCAGGAUUUUCCUCAAGAUUCUCUUUAUCAUCCUCGCCGCCAUAACCAUUAUUCAAUCCAUUGUUGUAAUAGCAGUGAGUAUCACAUCAGCCAUAGCUUCAAAGGUCUUCACUCAAGAGCAGUCCAGCCGCCUUGUGGCGUUAAUAUUACUCGCAAUCACGGCUGCAGUGACCAUAUCUGUGGUAAUCUAUACCUUGGUCGCGGUGUUAAAGAAGAAGAAGAAACCUGUUCAUGCGACCACGACAACGAUGAUAAUAUUAGCGGUAUUACAAGCGGUGAUUGUCGGGGUGUGCAUGAGGGUGACAGUGGAAGAUGAGGUUCUGCUGAACCGUUCCCUUGUGGACUCCUUCCGGCUGGCCAAGGACGAAAACUCGAGACAUAUGAAGUUAUGGGCUGCAACACAGAAUGAUCUCAGCUGCUGUGGAGUUUACAGUGCAGAGGACUACAGGCGUUCGAAUAUCCCGCCCUAUUUCCCCCCGGACGUGCCAAUAUCCUGCUGUCCAGGAUAUGACCCUACACGCUCAGACCUUUUACAGGAGAAAGAAAGAGAGUCAUGUAAAGCAAAAAGAGAAUUCCAUGUAAGCGGAUGCAAGACACCAGUGCUUGCAAUGUUCAAAUUCACCUGUGCAUUGGUGCUAAUGAAUGUUAUCGUAUUAAUUGUUUUAGAGCUUCUGGUAGCCUUCUCCGGAGUACUACAUUUGAAAAAUAAACAUAAUGUGAAACCAGAUAACAUGGAACAAGUAGCUGUGGCCCCUAUACCUAUGCCACGAGCUUCACUAAGUUCAGGGAAACCGAAAUCUGUAAGCUCAACAUGAAACAAAGGAAAUUUAUGGAUUUUAAAAAUAUUACCUCAGAAUACACAACUCACUAGAUGGCGCUAAAUAUUAUUUUUGUAGAUUCAUAGAGGUGUCACUGAAAAUGAAAAACCCUUCUAGUUCAUAAGUAUUUACUUAGAUGGCGCUAAACACCUAUAAAUGAAAAUCUAACAUCAAGAUCAACCAAAAUUUUGCUAGUCAUUAUUUUUUCAAUAGGUGGCGCCAAAAGCAAAUUAAGUUUUUUUUAGUUCAUAAGCAAUUUAAUUGAUGGCGCUAAACACAAAAACAAAUGAAAAUCGGACUUCAACCAAAACUUUUCUAGUUCAUUAUUGCCUACAAAGGUGGCGCUAAAAACAAAGUAGAGUUUUAGAGGUAAUAUUUUUAAAUAACGGGAUAAAUCCAAAGAUCUCUUAAGACAUAACGAACGGACUCAUGACUAAGUUUAGACAUAUUAAGAUUUUUAUACUGUUGUUGCAUAAUAUGUAGGAUUCGUUAAUACUAAGCUGUGAAUAAAUGACAUUGAGACAUUA